GGGUGUGGUUAGUAAAAGGGGGGUGAAAAUAGCAACCACCGUUAGCAAUUGGACGGCUAACUAACGGAAGGGCCUAAAUCACACAUAUUAAUAGAAGAGGGAGGGAAUUCGCUCAUUUUAAAGAUGAGGGAGGUAAAUCGCACAAAGGUGAAAGAUCAGGGAGCAAAAGUGCAAUUAAGCCAAUAAUAAAAUCUGAGGCGAUCUAAGAAAACAAAACCCUAGCCCUUGAAUUUAGUGUAUUUUAGCCCUUGCCUAGAAUUCCAUUCACCACCACCGCAAAGCUCACCAUAGCAUAGCAUACCAUAUCAUGGAUGAUCUGGAAAAGGGGAUUCUUAUUAUGUUUGAUGAAUCGGGCGCUAUUGAUGAUGAGUUGAAGAAACAGGCGAAAAAUUAUUGCAACGAUAUUAAGGGGAAGCCAUCCGUUUGUAGAUUAUGCAUUGAAAAAUUAUGUUUUACAAAUCUUGCUCAAGUCCAAUUUUGGUGCCUACAGACCUUACAUGAAGUCAUUCAGACACGAUACACGACAAUGACCCCGGAUGAGAAGCACAUGAUUAGGGGCUCCGUGUUUUCGAUUGUUUGCCUUCAAGACGAAAAUCUGAUUAGGGUUUUAGAAGGCCCUGCAUUUAUUAAGAACAAGCUUGCACAAGUUUUGAUUACUUUGAUUUACCUCGAGUACCCCUUGAUUUGGUCCUCCUUCUUUGUUGAUUUUUUAUCGCAUUUGAGCAAGGGGACUUUGGUCAUAGACAUGUUUUGUAGAGUUUUGAACUCCCUGGAUGAUGAGUUAAUUAGUCUGGACUACCCUAGAACUCCCGAGGAGUUGACAGUUGCUGGGCGUGUUAAAGAUGCAAUGAGACAGCAGUGUGUAUCCCAGAUAGUGAUAGCUUGGUAUGACAUUAUUUCUAUGUACCAGAAUUCUGACCAAGAACUAUGUGCUAGUGUCUUAGAUUCCAUGAGGAGGUAUAUUUCUUGGAUUGACAUUGGGUUUAUUGUCAACGACACAUUUAUCCCCUUGUUCUUUGAUUUGAUUUUGGUUGGUGCCCCAUCUGAUCAGCUUCGUUGUGCUUCAGUCAGAUGCUUGUUAGCAGUAGUUUCUAAGCGAAUGGAGCCCCAAUCAAAACUCUCCUUGUUGCAAAGCCUUCAAAUUAGUCGUGUAUUUAUGUUGGUCACAGAGGAUGCUGAUGCUGAGCUGGUUUCUGAUAUAGCUGCUUUGCUUUCUGGGUAUGCUGUGGAAGUCUUGGAUUGCUUUAAACGCGUAAAUUCUGAGGACGCUAAAGGAAACUCUAUGGAGCUAUUGAAUGAAGUUUUACCAUCAGUUUUCUAUGUAAUGAAGAACUUUGAGGUAGAUGCUACAUUUAAUAUGGUUCAAUUUCUUUCAGGCUAUGUUGCCACUUUGAAGUGCUUUACUCCUUUGAGGGAGGAACAGCUACUUCAUGUAGGACAGAUAUUAGAAGUUAUCCUUGUGCUAAUCCGUUAUAAUCCUGUAUAUCGCACUAAUCUGGAUGUGAUGGACAAAAUUGGAAAAGAGGAGGAAGAUAGGAUGGUAGAGUUCAGAAAGGAUUUAUUUGUAUUGCUUCGCACCGUGGGUCGUGUAGCACCUGAUAUAACUCAGUUGUUUAUUAGAAAUUCGUUAGCAAGUGCUCUUUCAAGAUCUACAGAUACCAAUGUGGAGGAGGUCGAAAGUGCCCUUUCUCUUUUGUAUGCACUUGGAGAAUCCCUAAGUGAGGAAACCAUAAAAAAUGGGAAUGGGUUUUUGAGUGAGUUGGUGCUUAUGCUUCUAUCCACGAAGUUUCCUUGUCACUCUAAUAGGCUAGUUGCUCUCAUUUAUUUGGAGACUCUGACAAGAUAUGUUAAGUUUAUUCAAGACAAUACUCAAUAUAUUCCUUUGGUUUUGACCGCCUUUCUUGAUGAAAGAGGCAUACAUCAUCCAAAUAUCAAUGUAAGCCGUAGGGCCAGCUAUUUGUUUAUGAGGGUUGUAAAGUUGCUGAAAGUGAAGUUGGUGUCUUUCAUAGAGACAAUUUUGCAGAGCCUACAAGAUACAGUUGCACGGUUCACUAUUAUGAAUUCUACAACAGAAGAUCUUUCAGGGUCAGAAGAUGGUAGCCACAUUUUUGAGGCGAUUGGGUUGUUGAUAGGAAUGGAAGAUGUCCCUCCUGAAAAACAAUCGGAUUAUCUAUCUUCUUUGCUCCGUCCUCUUUGUCAGCAGGUUGAGGCAUUGCUCUUAAAUGCCAAAUUAGUGACUUAUGAGGAGACUAAUUCCAAAAUUACUAUAAUCCAGCAAAUUAUCAUGGCAAUUAAUUCCCUCAGCAAGGGCUUCAGUGAGCGUCUCGUAACAACUAGUCGCCCUGGAAUUGGCCUCAUGUUUAAGCAGACAUUGGAUGUACUUCUCCAAGUUCUUGUUAUAUUUCCAAAAGUUGAACCUCUGCGAAACAAGGUAACCUCUUUUAUACACCGCAUGGUGGAUACACUAGGAGCAUCUGUGUUUCCUUACCUUCCAAAGGCACUCGAGCAGUUGCUUGCAGAAAUUGAGGUACAUGUUAUCUCUAAUUUCAUUCAACUUAAUCUUUCUUCCAUUUCCAGAUUUAAAUGCAUUUCUUUGCUUUACUAUUUGUGCAUUGCUGAUUAUUUUGGAACUGCUGGUGUUGUGGUGAUUGUACAAAGAAUUGGAAUGUAAUGGCAUUGAGAAUAUUAUUGAUAUCUCUUGUUAUCUUCUUAAUUUUUUGUUGGGCCAUCUUCAAUAUGUGAUCCUAUUAGGCUGCAUAAUAUGCGUGUAUGGCAAUGAAUGCCUUGUUUUUUAGUAUCUUGCAUGUGUCAUAGUGUUUUGGCUUUCUGCUGCUUUAGAAUAUUACUUUCCUCUGGAGGCAGGAUGUAUGUCAGAGUACUGUGCUUUAAGUAGAUGUAAACAUGUCAUAUUAGUCUGUGUAUCUUCUUUGUGAAGUAAAUUUGUGGGAGCCUAGUCCUUUUUUUUUGUAACUUUAUUAGAACUGAGCAAAUCCCUGUUAGGCAGUUGUUUGACACAUCAACAAGAAAGGUGCAAGAUUUACUGGCACUGUGAUAGAAUUAGACCUAAAUUACCUAUUACUAAGGUCUAUAGGAGGCGCCACAAGAGGGCCUUAUCUGAUGGUGUGUGUUAGUAGCCAAACGGCCUUGGGUUUCUCUAUUAGGAUUAGUUUUCGGGAGAAUUAGGUUUUGGGGUGGCUGGUUAUUGGAUACCAGUUUGUAAUUCUCUUGAGAACGUUCUCUUCUCUAAUGUUAGAAUUUAAUAUAAAAUCAUUCAUGUGACCCUUACCCAACAACUUAAGCUUUUGGGAUAAGUGGUUACUUGACAUGGUAUCAGAGCCUCUAUGGCCGAGAGGUCUAGAGUUUAAUACUUGCUUCCCUCACUUUCUAAUUAAAAAGUGGAAUUUAAUUAAGCACAUGUAGGUGGGCUUGUGCAUUUAUCCACGCUUAAAGCCCAAAGGGCUCUUGCGUGAGGGGGCGUGUUAGAAUAUAAUAUAAAACCAUUCAUGUGACCCUUACCCAACAGCUUAAGCUUUUGGGAUAAGUGGUUACUUGACAUCUAAUAAUACUAUAUUUAAGUAUCAAUUCAGAACUCUUGUCUCCAAUAAGGAUUUGCUUACUGUUUGGUUGAUCUUCCUUAUCCAUUGGGUACCAGUUCUAACACACUGCCACAAUUUUCUUAUAUUUUUUUGUAUCAUAUAUGUUUUGGAGCAUUUUUAAUGCGGUAGACGGUAGUAGGUUGAGUGGUUGGUUAAAAGUGAUCCUAAUUCAAGGUGACUUUGAUAAAUAACCGGGGUUAGGUAGUUAGUAGUUAAGUGGGGUCAGUAGUUUGUUAGUUAGUUAUAGGGUUAAGAGGCAUGUUGCCUAUAAAUAAGAGUGAUUAGAGAGCAUUAGGUUAUCUUUGUUUUCACUUUGGAAUUAGGGUUUAGAGAGCGUUGGGUCUCUCUGGUUCUUGGGAGGGUGUUUGGGAUCCUUUCCUUGUAUCUUUCCCCCAAUUCCUAUUUGGGAAUUAUGGUUUUACCAUUUA